AUGAAUUGUACUAAAUUAUUAUUUGUACUUGUACUUUAUUCAUUCAUUGUUGUCGUUAAUAAUGCUGAAUAUCAUGAGUAUUGUAUCAUCGGUAGCGGUCCAGCAGGGCUACAAAUAGCACAUUUUUUGCAAUCGACAAAACGAGAUUAUAUUGUUUUCGAAAAACACGAUAAACCAGGUUUCUUCUUCUUCAAUUUUCCACGUCAUCGCAAACUUAUCAGUAUUAAUAAGCGACAUACGGGUGAAAAAAAUCGAAAAUUUAAUUUACGACAUGAUUGGAAUUCACUGUUAUCAAAUAAUAAAAAUUUAAGAUUUACACGUUAUUCUAACGAAAUGUUUCCAUCAGCUGAUUUGAUGGUUCAAUAUUUGAACGAUUUUUAUCAACAAAAUAAUAUACAUGUAAAAUUUAAUACAAAGAUAUCAAAUUUACGGACAGUUUCUACAUCUGAGGAUGUCGAUACGUGUCUAAGAAUGAAUAAAAAUUCGACACACUGUUCUUCAACUGAAAAUAAAUCGUUUUCAAAGUAUUAUAUGAAACAUAGAAAUAAAAUAAGGUUUCGUAUGGUAGAUCAGAAGGGAAAUCCAUACAGUUGCAGUAUAAUGCUCAUUGCAACGGGUCUAAGCAUACCAAACAUACCAGAAAUGCAUGGAAUCGAACUGGCUGAAGGUUACGAGACUGUAUCCAUAAAUCCAGAUGAUUUUGAAGGACAAACAGUACUGUUGUUAGGACGUGGAAAUUCUGCUUUUGAAGUAGCACAAUCAAUCUAUCAGGCCACAAACUUUAUUCACAUGAUUUCAAGAUCGCGUGUAAGAAGUUCAUUUGCUACACACUAUGUUGGCGAUUUGAGAGCUAUUAAUAAUCAGAUACUCGACUCGUAUCAGCUCAAAUCAUUGGAUGCUUUACUUGAAACUGAUUUACGUGAACAUGCUUUGAGAAGAAGAGUCGAUGGUAAAAUUCAGUUAAUAGAAAAACCAAGAAAUAAUUCGAAUAUCUUGUACAAUAAUCGACAAACAAGUCUUGGGUAUGAUCGUGUCAUACGAUGUCUUGGAUUUAAAUUUGAUAAAUCUUUUCUGAACAAAAGUAUAAAUUUAACUGAUGGAAAAGGUCGAGAAGUAAAGUAUCCAAAAAUAGAUGGCGAUUAUCAGUCUGUCGAUGUGAAACAUUUAUAUUUUGUUGGUACAUUAGCUCAUUCACUAGAUUUUAGAAAAUCAUCCGGUGGUUUCAUACAUGGUUUUCGAUAUACUGCUCGAGCACUCUAUCGAAUUUUGGAAAAUCGUUAUCAUCAAAAAAGAUGGCCAUCAAAAAUGUUAACCAUUGGAUCAUUAUUAAAUUAUAUUAUUAAGCGUAUGAACGAAGCUGAUGGAAUAUAUCAAAUGUUUAGCGAAUUAGGUUUGAAUGCAUUCGAACUGAUUGUACUUAACAUGCAGUAUGGUGCAAACUAUUCUGGUCCUGGUCGAGAUGUAUUUGCAUUCGAUCGUGCAACAGCCUCUGUGAAUAGCGCUGAUCGAUCAAAUUUUUUACAUCCUGUAUUCUAUUAUUACAAAUCAUUUUUAUCAAAAUUCAAUAAUUCUAAAACAAUUGGGAUAUUACCAGAACCAGACAAAAUUCAUCAUGUUUUAGAAGAUCUAUUAACAUUAUGGAUAGUAGAAGAUACACACAUUUUACCACUACAAGCAUUUCUCGAGGACAUUCUCAAUAUUGAUUUACAGCAACAUAGCGAUUUAACGUGUGUACAAUCAUUACUUUCAAAAACAUAUGAUACAUUAACAACAAACUGUUUACAUAAUAUGAAGGAAAAGACAAUUUAUAAACACAGAAAUUUUCUUAAUUUGGCAUCAAGAGAAUAA